AUGAGUGCGACUUACGACUAUAUCAUAUGCGGGGGAGGCACUUCAGGCUGUGUUGUCGCUGGGCGGCUUGCAGAGGAUCCCAACCUCAAGAUCUUAGUCCUCGAAGCUGGACCAGAUAGUGCAGAUUUAGAAAAUGUCCACAUGGUGGGAGGCUGGUUGAACAACUUCGACUCGGAAACGGACUGGAAUAUCAUCACCAAACCAAUGCCGGGUGUGGAUGGUAGGGAAAUCAAGCUAAGUAGAGGACGAUUCCUUGGUGGCUGCAGUGGAUGUAACGGUACUCUGUGCAUCCGCGGAUGCAAGCAAGACUAUGAUGAUUGGGGUCUUGAAGGCUGGAGCGGAGAGGAAUUUUUCAAGUGCAUGUCAAAGGCGGAAACAUACCAUCCGAAGCCAUGGCUGGAAAGCGUGGAAGGUGCUCAUGGAACUUCCGGGCCGAUCCACACUGAGCCCCACGAUCUUGCCCCUAUAUCAAAACGGAUUCUGGAUUCGUUCGUUUCCAAGGGCAUCCCAUACAAGGGAGACUUAUUCUCAACUGGCGAAGUGUCCCAUGGAUGUGGCCAUGUUGUGAGGACUGUGCAUAAGGGGCUCCGUUCAAUAGCUGCUGACUAUCUCACCAAAGGCAACCGCAAAGAAAACGUAACUAUUUUGUGCAAUACCUCUGUUGACAAGGUCAUCGUCGAGCCUCAUGACGGCAGUUUGAAGGCUACAGGAGUCGCAGCCAUCUCAACCGUUGACAACUCACGUCAGACCUUCUACGCAACGCGGGAGGUUAUCAUUAGUGGCGGUGCCUAUUGCAGCCCAGCUAUUCUCAUGCGAUCUGGAAUCGGGCCAAAAGAAGAACUCGAUAAGCACGGCAUCCCUUGCAAGAUCAACCUCCCCGGGGUUGGCAAGAAUCUAAUGGACCAUCUUAUUGUAGCUAUCUUUUACGAGACUGAAGAAGGCCUAACAAGCGACCACCUUGUCUAUCACAAGGGCGCCUUUGAAAAGUCUUACGCUGAGUGGAAAGAACGCAAGUCGGGAUUCUUGUCCUCGUUCCCCUUUGGAUCAUUUGCUUUUGCUCGUGUCGACGAUCUCCUAGCAGACGUGCCAGCCUGGAAAAAUGCACCCCGUGAGGAAGGGAGAGACCCGAUGGGACUCGCUCCAUGCCAACCAAAUAUCGAGCUGUUCAAUACUGAAUGCUAUGGUGGGCCGAAGCACUACAAUAUCUACCCAACAAAUAGCCACACAUUCUCCUUUAUUGCAGAGCUCUUUGGCCCUAGAUCUCGCGGCUCUGUGACACUGAAAUCAACAGACCCUCUUGAUCCACCUGCAGUAGACUGCAACUACCUUGAUGAUCCGCUUGAUAUGUUGGUUAUCACUGAGGCGUGCAGGUUUGGUAAUGAGAUUCUGACCGAGGGACUUGGAACGAAGGAUAUCAUUAAGGGUUCUUGGCCUCCAGAGCUUAAGCAUCAUACCUUCAAGACCAGGGAUGAAUGGAUACCCUAUGUCAAGGAGCAUGGCACAACCUGUUAUCACCCUGGUGGAACUUGUGCCAUGGGUAAAUCGGGUAAUCCAAAUGCAGUUCUCGACGAGAAACUGCGCGUACGAGGCGUUACUGGUUUGAGAGUUGCGGACUGCAGUGUCAUGCCCACGUUGCACGGAGGACACAACCAGAUGCCAGCGUACGGAAUUGGCGAGAAAUGUGCAGAGAUAAUUAAGAACGACAACUAG